CAGGAUCGUCUUCAUGUAGCGAAGGAUGGCCUAGUGUAUACCCGGAUAUCUGAAUAUAUCCCCGACUCGAAUGGCCCGGUGUUCAGGCCAAACCCAGUAUCGAUGCAGAAGUUGCUUCGAAACAAUUAUGAUAUAUACUGCAAGAGUGUCGAGAGCGGAGCUCCACCCGCGGAUCCACACGUUAUAUGUAUUCCAAAGGGCACUGCCGUACCUUCGAAUCUAAUCCUAUUCCGAGAACGAGACGCGCGUUUCUCUUUGCAGCCAUUGAAUCCGGUCUCCCUUCACAAAUUUAAAAAGGUACUGAUCGAGUUUUAUACGUCAUGUGCAACUUUCCCUCAAGCCGUGGAAUGGAUGGAGGCGAACAAUCUCCAUAAGGCCUUCGCGGAUAGUGAUUCGGAGGCCUGGAUGCGCGAGUGA